UGUCUGUACCACUUCCCUCUCAUUAUCACCUAUUAAGUGUUUUCCCGGUGUGACAGAAUCUAGGAUGUCCGUCUGCAAGGAAAGGACCUGCGGGAAUUCUGAUGUGGAGGUUUCAGAGCAAGCUUUAGUUCAUUUCACAACUGCCCUUCUCGCUCUGCCAGGCUGCAGAAUGACUGCCCACAUCUCAGCUCCAGCUCAUCCCGUCCUCCCACAGGACAGGGAAGAGAAAUGGCUGCAGAGGAGCCAGUUCAGGGGCAGGUGACCUUCGAGGAGGUGGCUGUGUAUUUCACCAGGGAAGAGGGGGCUCUGCUGGACCCCACCCAGAGAGCCCUCUACAGAGACGUCAUGCAGGAGAACUAUGAGAACGUGACCUCGCUGGGGUUUCCUGUUUCCAAACCUGAUGUGAUCUCCCAGCUGGAACGAGGGGAGGAGCCGUGGGUCCUGGAUCUCCAGGGCUCUGAGGAAGGAAAGAUCCUGAGAGCUGCCUGCGCAGGUGCUGGGAUGGUGAGUGAGAACGAGGAGCUGAGUCCUCAGCAGGAAGAUGCUGAGCAAGUGGAAACACAUGGGGGAUUAUCACAAGGAUCCCAAGGGAAUGUGUCCAGGCGUUCGUGUGCAGGGAAAAGCCUGUGA